AUGUGGCAAAUUGGCUUCUGGACAGAGAAGAAAAGAAGAAACAGAGGAAAACCUCCAAGUAGGUGUACUUUGCUGCUGCUUGCCUUUUCCCGAUGCCCUUCUUUGGCUGCUGGUCUUGUCCCCUGGGAUUAGCCUCUCUCUUUAGAUGCACAAUACAAACCUCGAGCUGGUUGCCAACAACAACCCAAAAAUGCACGACAUCCCAAGCGCCGGCGAAUAGAUCACCCUGGGAAAAGACGUCCUCGGUUCGUACAGGUUCUGUCGAUUGUCAGGGAGCUCUCCAGGGUCCUGAAAACUCGGCAGCUUUUCCAGCUGCCGUAGCGAUCUCAUUCCGAACUCUCCGAUUCUUCAGGAGCCUCCUCCUCCCCUUAUGACUCGGACACGUUCUUUUGGGAGGAGGUUGUAAAUACCUCGCCAUACCAUGGCCCACAUUAAAUACCUGCGUGCUGCUGUCUCAGGAUUCUAUCUGUGGGAAGCUGCGGUGCUGCUCAGUUUGGUGGCCACCAAGGAAAUUGACAGUGCGAGAUCCCGUAGUAUGCCAAUGUCUCCUUCAGAUUUUCUGGAUAAAUUAAUGGGAAGAAUGUCUGGCUAUGAUGCAAGAAUCAGACCAAAUUUCAAAGGGCCUCCAGUAAAUGUUACAUGCAACAUCUUCAUUAAUAGUUUUGGAUCCAUUGCAGAAACAACAAUGGAUUAUCGAGUGAACAUUUUUCUCCGGCAGAACUGGAAUGAUCCACGCCUUGCUUAUAGUGAAUAUCCAGAUGACUCUUUAGAUUUAGAUCCAUCCAUGCUGGAUUCAAUCUGGAAACCUGAUUUAUUUUUUGCCAAUGAAAAGGGUGCCAACUUUCAUGAAGUAACAACUGACAAUAAAUUGCUUCGAAUUUUUAAAAAUGGAAAUGUUCUUUAUUCUAUCAGGCUGACUUUAAUACUUUCCUGUCCAAUGGAUCUCAAAAAUUUCCCAAUGGAUGUCCAGACCUGUAUAAUGCAACUGGAAAGUUUUGGUUAUACAAUGAAUGAUCUUGUAUUUGAAUGGCAAGAAAAUGGUGCUGUACAAGUAGCUGAAGGACUUACUUUGCCACAGUUUUUGUUGAAAGAAGAUAAAGAUCUUUGUUACUGCACAAAACACUACAAUACAGGAAAGUUUACCUGCAUUGAAGUUCGAUUCCAUCUUGAAAGGCAGAUGGGAUAUUAUCUCAUUCAAAUGUAUAUUCCCAGUCUCCUGAUUGUCAUACUAUCAUGGGUGUCGUUUUGGAUCAACAUGGAUGCCGCUCCAGCUAGAGUGGCUCUAGGUAUAACAACGGUACUCACUAUGACAACCCAGAGUUCAGGAUCACGGGCUUCACUCCCAAAGGUAUCAUAUGUCAAGGCUAUUGACAUCUGGAUGGCUGUUUGCUUGCUUUUUGUGUUCUCCGCACUUCUGGAAUACGCAGCUGUAAAUUUUGUGUCAAGGCAACAUAAAGAACUGUUAAGAUUUCACCGAAAGAGAAAGAAGAAUAAGGAUGAUGAUAUAAGGGACAAUCGGUUCAAUUUCACAGGCUAUGGAAUGAGCCCACCAUGUAUACAAGCAAAGGACGGAGUGGUUCCAAAAGGGUCCAAUAAUCCAGUUCAGUCUGCAUCCCUUACUCCUGAAGAAAUGAGGAAGGUAUUCAUUGAUCGGGCCAAGAAAAUUGAUACCUUAUCCAGAGCCUGUUUCCCUUUAGCCUUUCUUAUAUUCAACAUUUUCUACUGGAUUAUCUAUAAAAUUGUUAGGCAUGAGGACAUUCACCAAAAACCAAAUUAAGGUUUUCACUUUUCAACAGUUCUCAUUUUGAUUACAGUGAUAAAAAUCAGUAUGGAAAUACUUUUUAAUGAACAGAAGCUCAAUGAAAAAAAAAAUACCCCAAGAAACAAAAUACUUAUGUGGCUUGCUAUGCAAAGUCACAAUGUCAGGUGGGGGAAAAAAGAUAUCCAGUGAAGAUGCAGCAUAAUCUACCACAGUAUUUCUACUUGUUAUUAACUUUAGUUUUUCAAACUAAAUGACAAUGCUGUUUGGUAAAAUUUUACUGCCAAUCUUUCUACAUAUUGUUACAUAAUAAUAUAGUAUUCUUUGAAGUCCUUGUUAUAAUUUUUAAUUCAACUAUAUUUUUUUAAUCUAUGAAAAGGAAGUCCCCAAAGUCCUUAGAUAAGUGCCAUACGAUCAAGCCUCCUUUAAAUUUUAUAAGUGAACACUGUUUUGAGUCUUGAGUCUAAAAAUGUUAUCUAUUUUAAAUAAUGAAGCUUGUUUUCUAGAUUUAAGGACACUGCCAAUGGCCUUUGUAUUAAACACAGAAUGCAUUUUAGAUAACACACUGAAAAAAGAAGCUGCAUGCAAAUACAAAUACAUGCAAUCUACAAAUCACUUAUUCUAUGAAAUUAUACUGAUGUUUCCUUUAACGUGUCAAUUCUAUUCUGAAAACAGAUAAACUGGUAAUUGCCAGCCAUAUAACAAAUAUGAUUGACAAUUGAAUUCAAAUACAAGAUUUUUGACAUACAAAAAGGCAGGCUAGGUCAUUGCAUAUUAUUCAGCACAAUAUUAGAAAUUUUGAUCUUCUAUUAAAGCUGGGUAGGGAGUGAGGGGGAAAAAGACAGUAGCCCAAAAGAUGGGCAGGUAUAAACCUUUUAUAUUAUCCUUAUAAAAUCACAAUGUCAUAAAUUUUAAAAAUGUAUUAUUUAUUUGUUUGUUGGUUUAUGUAUUUAGAAAAUUUAUACAGCUGCUUACUCGCUCACAGUGACUCUAGGCAGCUUACAAACAAUAAAAACACAGUGUAGGGAGAAAAAAUAAUCUCCAUUCAUCCACCCUUGGUGACAACACAAUCAAAUAAACCAUUUGAUGGGCUCCAUUCCACUCUGGGUUCCCCAGGCCCACUGUCAAGCCUUCAGGGCCUUAUAAAACAGUGUCAAAGUAGGAGCCAGUCUAAUUUCUGAAAAGAUGAUAUUCCAAAGGGAGGGAGCCACAGAGAAGGCCCUUCUUUUGGAUCCUGCCUAUACCUCCAUUUGGGACAGGACUCACAACAUUCCUUGCCUGCCCACUCUAAUAGGCUGGGUGGAUGUGACUGGCAAGAGAUGUUCCCUCAGAUAACCAUCUCAGAUAUUAUGAUAGUAUUUCCAAUUCAGUACCAUAUUUUUCAACAAUUUUUUUAUUGCAAUUUGUGACAUAGCUUUGACAAAUAAACUGGCCCUAGUGCAAUUAUUAUCUAUUAUUAUUACUACUAUUAUUAGAUAGGAGGCGAUUUACCCAUCCAUUUAUGUAAGCACUCAUUAGAAAUAAUAUUGAUCUAAGAAUGUUAAUCAUGCUUAAAACGAUUCAACUUAUAGAUAACAUAUACUCAAUUAAUUAUACUGUAUACCUGCUUACUGAAAAAUUAGUACCCUUGGAAUCAAAUAAAUGUCUGAGGUAAAUAAAUUUAAAAUCUGUCUGAUCCAGCAUUCAUUGACAAGUCUAAUAAUAAAUACUUAAAUAAUUUUAAACCACUUUUUCCAAGAAAACAGUUAACAUAUUUAAGGAUAACAAAAGAUUCUUAACAAAUCUAUAAAUUGGCUGAGAAAAAAGAUAAAUCUUCUACUCCAAAUAUUGUUUGGAGGUCACCUAUGUACAUUUUGAAUCAAUAUUUUUCAUUGAAAAUAUUUUAAAAAAUCAAAAGGCUUUUAAUUUGUUUUUUAUCUGAAGUGGAUGGACUGAAUCAAUGUUAAUUGCAAAUAUUAAAUCAUUUGUUGGAUCAAAAACUAUUUCUUGGAUUAAAAAAUAUCUUAAUGAUGUAUUUCUGGGAUAUUUUACAUCCAAGUUAUUGUCUGUUUACAAAAAGUAAACUGGGAAAUUGCUUACUACUUUUUAAAUACUAUAAUAUAGGUCUACUCUGCAUUUAAUGGACAAUUAAAGGUGGAUUUGGAUUUAAAGAUUUGAAAAACCUUUGCAAAGUCUUUUAGUUAUACAAAUUCUAAAAGUAUGAUCCAUUUUGUCAUUCUGACUUAAUCUUGCAAUUAAAUUGAUGCCUCCUUAUUUGCAGUUAUUAACUAAUGUUUUAUAUGAAGUAUAGUGUAGAUAUAUUUUAGUGAGAGAAGAUACACUUCUCAGAAAAUAAAAAGCUACUCAUAUGGAUAUUCUAAUUUACUCUAUAAGAGAAAACAUUCACACAAACUGAAUUAUUCCAACAAAUUAAGAUAGUGUUUUCAGAGGGACAAUUGACAUGAAUUGCUUCUUCAAUACUGAAUACUGAAGACAUACUAUAUAAAAAUAUUUAUAUUCUUUAAAUAUAUACAAACUAUGGUAAGUACUUUUAGGAAAUGAGGAAGAAAAAGAAUAUUCAAUUAAAAAAUUACCCCAUUUAAUAAUUGGGAUUAAUAAUAUUAAUAAUUAUAUUAAUAAUAAGAUUAUUUAUUUAUUUUUUAUUUAUUUUAUUAGAUUUAUAUACCGCCCUACUCCCGCAGGACUCAGGGCGGUGAACAGCCAGAUAAAACACAUAAAUUACAAAAUGUAAAAACAGUAUAAAAUCUGAUUAAAUAAUUUGGCCCAUGACAAUUUAAACAACCCUAAUGUUUUUAAGACAAAAUUAAAAUUCAUCAUUUGAAUUAAAAGGGAAAAGAAAAAAUUAGGCCAGGUCAGUCUGUUGAAAUAGGAAAGUCUUGAGAGCAUGGCGAAAGGUGCGUAGAUCUGGGAUCCUCCGUAUCUCCGGGGGGGAGCUCGUUCCAGAUAGCAGGUGCUCUCACAGAGAAGGCUGUCCCCCUAGGGGCUGCCAGUUGACACUGUUUGGCCGACGGCACCCGGAGGAGCCCCGCUCUAUGAGAGAGUACUGGCCGGUGGGAGGCUAUUGGUGGCAGCAGGCGGUCCCGUAAAUAACCAGGUCCUAAGCCAUGGAGUGCUCUAAAGGUGGUAACCAAAACCUUGAAGUGCACCCGGAAGACCACUGGGAGCCAGUGCAGCUCGCGCAGGAGAGGUGUUACAUGGGAAUGCCAUGUCGCUCCCAUAACUACCCGCGCGGCCACACUCUGCACCAGUUGGAGCCUCCAGAUGCUUCUCAAGGGGAGCCCCAUGUAGAGAGCAUUACAGUAGUCCAGGCGGGAAGUGACGAGGGAUGAGUGACCGUGCGUAAGGAGUCCCGAUCUAGAAAGGGAUGCAACUGGCAGAUCAGGCGAACCUGAUGAAAAGUCCUCCCAGUCACGGCCGUCAAAUGCUCUUCUAAAGACAGCCGUGAAUCCAGGAGGAUGCCCAAGUUGCGAGCCCUCUCCGUGGGGGCCAAUGACUCGCCCCCAAUAGUCAGUGAUGGCUCCAACUGACUAUAUCGGGACACCGGAAACCACAGCCACUCGGUCUUGGAUGGGUUGAGCCUGAGUCUGUUUCUCCCCAUCCAGAUCCGCACGGCCUCCAGGUUAAUAUAUUUGAUAUUGUUUGUACAAAAUACAUACAUUAUAAUUCAUUUUUCUCCUGCUUUCCCUUUGGAAAAAUCCUAAAAAUGCACACACUGAAAACUGGAGAAGGUUCACUGUAAUUUAGGCAACUAUUUUCCAUCAUGUUGACCUUCAUAUUGUAAACAGCCAGAAAGGAAAUGAAUUUGAAGCUGGAAGUAUGUUAGGCAGAUUAACAACAUAAUAGGUAACAUUUGUAUAUUUUAAAACAUGGCUGAAAAUCUACUAUUUCUUAAUGCAGAAAUGAAGCUGCAGAGAUAUAAAAUUAUUUAUGGUUCAGCUUUAACUUCAUUCUUUCUACAUGAACAGUGGCAUUUUAAUCAUCUCUUCCUGGAAUGUUAGUCUUGAUAAGCCAAAAUAACUUUGUGUGAAAUCACUGUAGAAUUAGUCUCUGAAUUUGGAUUCAGAAACAUUUCAAAAAGUUUUGAAUGUUUCUGCCACUUCAAUUUUUGAUUUUUUAAAAAAGGCUUUAAAAUUCCUGUUAGUCUGAGGCCAACCAUCAGCCACCUCAACCACCAGGCCCCUGUAGAAUUUUUAUAUUCACAUUGGUUCUUCCACAUGUAAUUAGAAGUUCUUAACACAGUGAGAAUCUACAUUGCUUUCUAUAUCUUUUUUAACCAAAGAAGUCAGGCAUGCAUAUCAAGAAUAGUAGUUAUAGUUAUUUCUUCCAUUAUCAUGCUUUAACCUUUCUUAAAUGUUUAUUUCCUAAUAAACAUAUCAAUUCUAUUCUUUGUUUGUAUUGUAGUCUUUACUUCCUCAGCAAGAAACCAUUUCACUCUGAGUUAUGAUUAAAGAAACCAGUCACUGUAUGCAAACACUUCAUGCACUACUUUAAAUCAUAUUUUUAUACCUAAUUUGGAUUCUUCAUCUAUUUAAGUUUGUUUAUACAUAAGCAAAAGUGUGUUUUAAACAUGAGAUAUAGACAUCAGCCUCAGACUGAUAUUAUCAGUAAAAAGAAGUAGGCGAGUUUUAAUUUAGACUGAAAAAUAAUUGAGUGUGAUUCUACUUGCAUAUGAAAAUAUGAAUUGAAAUCAAUCUAUUUGUAUACAAAAUUGUCAAUUGAAUGUGCUUUUUCAGAGAAAUCACUGAAAUAAAAUAGAAAAUCCCUGAUUUGUGGGUAUUCUGCUUCCCACUGGAAUUAGGUGGCCAGUAAAUAUAUAAUAGGAAAUUGAGAAGGAAACAUCACCUAAUUAAUUCCUGCCUAUGUAAAUAGUGACCUUAUCUUUAUAACAUACAUUCCUAGGAAAGAAUUAGCCACUUUGACUAAUUUUAUCAGGACUACAUUAUAGUACAGUUCUCAGAAUUACAGUCUGCACACAUGAUAAAGUUGUCCAAAAAAAACCAGGAAAUAAUAACAAUAACAAGUAGUAACAGUAAUCAGGUGUCCGCAAAAAGCUAUCUCUUUGGAAAUGAGACUUAUUUUUAUAUCACAGAAGAGCUAGUUACUUUGCUAAGUCAGGGGUUAAUCAGAACUGUAGAUUAGAGGAUAUAUUUUACAAGCAGAAGGUCUCAGGUUCAAAUGACUGCAUCAUAAGUUAUUAGAAGAUAACAAAGUCAAGGAUUUAGAUAGUAGUUUGUGUCUGUAAAAGCAAAGGGAAGUGAUUAAGUGCUCACAUCAAAUCAGGUAUUCUGAAGCAUGGAUAUUGCUUCUUUCUAAAGGAAUUCUAAGGGGCUAUAUGACUUUGGUAUUAUUUUAUUGUCAUAUUUCCAGGAUGUGAACAGUUAUUUCUUUAUUACAGUAUUCCAAAAAUUAUACCAGAUCUUUGUCUAUUUGCUUAUUAUAUGUUUUAAUGCAAACUACUGGGUUGAAUUCUAACUCUGCAGCUGCAUCCCAUUUAUUUAUUUAUUUAAAUAUUAAAUAACUGCUAUCAAAAUGGACUUGAUACGAUUUGAAAAAUUUGUAAAUCAGGUACCAUUCAUUUAAAGGACACAAUAUGCAUCACCCUGUUCUCUUUUAUAAUUUAAUAAUAUAUAUUGUCCUAUUCAGUUUUCUUUGAUAUAGCAUUUUUACAAACUAUAUAUUUUAAAGUAUAAUUUCAUGUUAUAAGGAAACAUUUCUCAUAAAAAUAACAGCAAUGUCCUAGGAUAAAUAAGACAAACAUGGUUCCACUCUGCUUCUUAAAAAACGUGAAUCUCACUAACAAUAGUGAUGAUCAUAAAAAUAAAACUGAAUUUCCUUAUAAAUAUAAUAUUUUACUAUAUAAAGGAGUUUAAUGUGAUAAUUAAAUCCAAUUAAAAUAUAAAAAUAUAAAGCCAAACCACAAAAUAAAUAUAUUUCAUACACAAAUCCUGCUUGUGGUAUGAUUUUACUUAUACAUAAUUUUGUAUACUACCUACUUUUAUGAUUCUAGACAGCUUACAAUAAAAUAGAAACAUAUAUAUCACAACAUGUUAAAAAAGAAGCCUCAUAAAUAUAUAAUAGUAUAUCAUGUGGCCUCGGAACUAGAUUAUGUAACAUUUCAUGGAAGCUGUGGUUUCCAUUAUAUUGCAUUUCCUACCUCCCAGGUCCACUAGAAAAGCACAGCCUUAAUGGCUUUCAAAAAUAAUAGUUUUGGAAGGGGUGAUCCUAAAUUCAAGGGCAAGCUACUGCCAAGUGCAGAGGCUACUACCAUGAAUAGGUUUUCUGGAUUCUCCUUCUUGGUUUUCUAUAGGGUAAAAUAUCUUAAUUUGCUUAAUCUGCAAAUUCAUUCUUAUUAUUUUUUUAUCUAGCAUAUGCCAUAAAACAGUCUGUCAUUUAAAAAACAACAAAAUAUUGUGUUUAAAGCUGCAGUUGUUUGCACUAUUCAUAUUUAUUAUUACUCUGUAAACUGAUGUGUACAAGAUGAGCAUCCCAUCUUUCUUUCUACCAGCACUUUUAAAUUUUAUAUUCAUAUUAUUUAAUAAAUUAAAUUAAAUUAAUUAAUUAAUUAAAAUAAAUAUUAACAUAAUUUUAUUAUAGUACUAUCAUUCACAUACACACGCACAUACGCACACACAUAUAUACAUAUACACAUACACAUACAUGUAUGUGCAUAUGUGUGUAUGUGUGUGUGCAUGUGUAUGUGUAUGUGUGUAUAUGUGCACACACAUAUAUAUACAUAUACACAUACACAUACAUGUGUGUAUAUGUGUGUAUAUACACAUACAUGUAUGUGCAUGUGUGUGUGUGUGUGUGUGUGUGAAUGAUAAUACUAUAAUAAAAUUAUGUUAAUAUUUAUUUAAAUUUCUUAAAUCACAAGAUAUUGUGAGGGAAUUUUUCCUAUCAGGAUUUUUCACAAAAGCUUUAGCAGGCUGGGAGUUGUAGCAUAAUAGACUGUAAAAUAGGCAUAUUUUAUAGAGAACAUAACAAAAAAACCAUGCAUAUUAUCAAUAGUAGUAAUGAUACACAAAAAAAUUUAGAAUAACUAAGAAGUUGAGGAUGAAAAAAAAAACUUCUCUGUCACUAGGAACGUACCCUUUCCUUUCAGGAAACUCAGACAGAUUUGGCCAAUAUUAAUUGGUUCUAAUUAGAAUAAAGGCUCACAGUGGCUCAAGACACUGAGCUUGUCAGCUGCCUGGGAUCAAGACCGAGUCCUGCACAACAGGGUGAGCUCCCAUUACUUAUCCAGCUCUUGUUAGCAGUUCAGAAGCAUGCAAAUGUUAGUAAACAAAUAAGUACUGCUUUGGCAGGAAAGGUUACUGCAUUCUGGAUUUUUAUACUGGUGCGUAAUGAUGGUAGCAUCUCUCGGACAAACAUAGGCUUCCUUGAGAAUCGGAGAUGAGCAUCACCUCCUUGAGUCUGUCAUGGCUGGAUAGGGGAAACCUUUAACCUUUUAAUGAUGAUAAUUAUGCUUUUAUUUGCAUCCUUUCAAAUAAUAGCUUGAAAUUAAGCUGCAUAUUAAUUUAGUGCAAAAUGAAGAUAACAUGCAAGCAGAUUUUGUUGCUUGGAAGUUGCUUUUUCACUGAAAAAUCAGUGCAGUAGCCAAAGUGUGUGUUGUAUAAAGACCUAUAUAUUGUUAUUGCCUUGGGUGGUUUCUGAAAGAAAUAAGAGACUGAAGGAAGCAUUUGGAUGAAAGCUGUAAAAUGAUGUUCAUGCUGAUAUUUUGUUAUGCUUCAACGUUAUUGCAUUUUCUUUUUUUUGCCAUUGCCAUAAAAUAUGCAUAAGGCUUGGGGCCUGGGUUUGCAAUUAUCAGAGAAGAAAACCAACUUACAUACUACAGUUUUGGAUGUUUACUUGUGAGCUACUUAUAAAGUUGUGCCAUAUGCUUUUCAUAUGAAGAUUAAACAUUAAAUAUGGUAGCUUGUGUAACAGUGAACUUCACUAGCAGCUUCCUCAAAAUGUGACAACCAAACCAACCAACCAACCAACCAACCAACCAAACAAACAAACAAACAAAAUGGAUAUAAUAGUGUAUUUAUUAUGUCUGUAAGUUUUAAGCAAAUCUUUCUGUGAAUUUUGUCUAGACAAGAACAAAUACUAGUUUAUGUCUAGAAGUGUUUCCUUUUAGUAAAAUCCAAUGAAAAUGUUGUGCAUGAUUAAUUUUUCUUUCUUAUAUUAUUUCUAUAUUCUGCACUAGUGUGAACAUGUUCUUCUGACAGAGGUGUUAAGAUGUAUGCAGCCAUAAUGUUUAUCUAAUUGUAAAUAUUUUGUCCUAAAACAAGAAUAAAAAACCACAUUUUUUUCAUGAA